CAAAUUGUGACAUGUGGGUCACCGGUGAAAUCAAGCUUUCUUGUUUGUAACUUUGCUCCGCUCCUUCGUAAAUGCCGUUUAUAGCUGCAAGCUGUAGAAUGCUCGCUGCACCAAGAUGUGCAUGCAUUUGCAGUUAUAUGUUGACAACUCAACGGGGCUUAGCUUCCAGCUGCAUCAUCGACGCUCUAUCCUCAUCGAAACAACAACAACAGCCUUUCAUGGCUUGGACUGAAACACGAAGGCUUCAUUAUAUUACAUACUCUUUACCGAAGCAUCAAAAUCAAACCACGUGGUGCAAAAGUAGAAGAUGGGAAAGUACCAAACCGAAACAGACUGGCUUAGUAACAUCGAAGGAAAGCCCGUAUGCUGGCAUGACACCGGCGCAAAAAGUGAAGGAAGCUGGUAAGGACACCAUGUAUACCGGCAUCAUUAUUGUGGGUGUUGGAGUCACAGGUUUAAUGUUUUAUGCAAUUGGGAAAGAGCUUUUGUCCAAAGACAGUCCCAGUGGUGUUUAUGGUCAAGCCCUGAAACUUUGCAAACAGAACCCAGAGAUAAUUGCUGCUCUUGGAGAGCCUAUCAAAGGUUAUGGAGAACUCUCAAGACGCGGUCGGCGCCGUCACGUCAGCCAUGCAGAGUUUGAGGCUAAUGGAGUGAAACAUAUGAGGAUGAAGUUUUACAUAGAAGGACCAGAUAGGAAAGGCACAGUUCAAUUGGAGGUUAGACGGGAUGAGAGCGGGAAGUACGAGUACAGGUACUUAUUUGUGGAGUUGGAGGGUUACCCGAGGAGAAGAAUUGUUCUAGAAGAUAGGAGAUAGCUUUGCAGCAAUUUCUAACUUAUUUUAUUCUUGGAUGACCUUAAAUUUGCCACAAUUCAUGACAACUACAACUUCCAUCUUGCCCGCAGAUCUUUAAGGUGAUAAGUCUGGGUGAAAUUGUUCAAUAUCUUGAGCAGUUUUCCACACCUUUUUAGUGACAGCAUGAAACUAUGAACACAGCUUCAUAUAUGCAUGGGUUUCCCCCGGGCUCUGCCCGGUUUCCACCCACCAUAACGCUGGCUGCCGUCGUAUAAGUGAAAUAUUUAUGAGUAAGGCGUAAAACAGCAAUCAAAUAAAUAAACUAAAUCAUAUAUGCAUGCACAUGAAGCUUCAUAGCGAUAGAAACUAAGCAGGCUUCAGAUCUAUACAGGGAUAUUUCUUUGACAAGUCAUGGAAGAAGGGAAAUGAACAAUGAAUGGUAGAAAAGUACGGUAGCCCUAGUGUGCUCACUUUCUUUGUUCUACUGCCCUUACAUUUUAAUUGUAUAAUCGAAUUGAAAUUGUGUGAUUG